AUUGAAUGCUGAAGCUCCCUCCGGUUCGGGGCGGAAUAGAACUUCUCUGAAAGAUCCAACUACGGUGGAGAUUUUAAAAGACAAAAUAUGGCGAAAGGUUCAAACAUGGACGUCGAGGACAGCUCUGAUUGUGAACGUGGCAAAGUUGGUAAAAAGCGACACAAUACUCGUAGUCUGGAUAACCCUAUGGUGACUACGGACAGUUCAACAACAGGCAAUGACUCCAACAAGUGCCACGAGGAACUGCAAACUAACACUGAGGAAGAAAGACGAAGAAAAGCAGCUUUGGCUGCCAAAAAGCAUCAUGCUUGUGCCAAGAUAAAAAGGGCCAAAUUAAUACAGAAAAACGAGGACUUGUCGAAUGAGCAGCUCCAACUACUGAGGGACAUCGACCGACUGAUGGAGAAACAGGAAAGGCUUCAGGAUUUAUUAGAUCACCACAACUGCAGCGAUGAUCAAGAUACUGCACAUCAACUUGACAUGCGUGAGCCGAGCUGGAAAGAAAAAGACAAUCUUCCAACGACUGUGCGACCUGAAACUGUCUCCUUACACAGUCCAGAACAGGCUUCACAGAGCAGAGUCACAUGUGACAUCGGCCUCGAAACAAAGUCAGUCGAGUCAGAUUUGGUGGCUGAGGACGAGUCGGAACAGACUUUGUCAUCCCAGGUCAAAAACACGGACAAGACAGACAGCGAGGAUCUGCAAAAGUCUACAGUCAUCUCCCCUUGUAGGUCGAGAGAAUCUUCACAAAAUGGAACAGUUCAACAGAAUGAAACAGUUCCGCAGAAUGAAACAAUUCACCAGAUUGAGAAAGUUCAACAGAAUGAAAUAGUUCAACAGAAUGACUUCCAGAGACAAGUUCAAAUGUUGAGAAGCAAACCAAUUUGGACCCAUCCAGUGGACUUACCUGGUAAAAAAGACGUUGAACUGAUGGAGGCUUUGUGCCACAACUCUAAGUGGAUGUCUGGAACAGUCGUAACUUUUGACAAGGUGGGCAAGUCGGUUGACGAUGCAGCUCAAGCGUCAAAACAGUCAGGUGGUAGAUCUAAGUCGGAGUCGGCCUGUGCAUCCGCUCAGUUGGCCCUGGUUCCAGAAGUUCUCAGGAGUGGCCGCCAAGAAAUCUUGCGGGCAAACGGUCAGACCCGACAUAAUUCAGCAUCGUCUUCCCGGAGACCAAAGCUGGCUCAGGUCCAAGUGGUCCGGCGUGUCAGUCACGAGGAACUGUCUGCGUCUAGUGCCGGUCAAGGUCACAAGUUAGAUCCGCUGUCGAGUCCAGUAGUGAUGAUUUCUGAGGUUGACAACGGGAAAGUGUUUGAAACUGUCGUGACAAGACCUCAGACCUGCACAGAUUUAGUGAGCGGCCAGGGAAAGAAGAGUGAGAAAUUGUUGGCAAGUCUGAGAGAGACACGUUUCCAGUCAGUGGAGAGACCAGCUGUUGGUGUGCAGAAGUUGAACACACCUCCAGCCCAUCACAUAGCCACACAUGUGCUGAGGGGUCUUCCUCUGAGCUCCCAGUCGGGUGAGGUCAGGGUGGAGAAGUUGCCCACGACUGUAACGGAAGGAAUGACGCCACUUGAUCAGCAGGUGAAGGAACAGACGCCAAGGGGCAGCUCGGAGAGACAGAAGCAUGUUCUUGUGGAGGAGCGCGGGGAGAGACAGAAGUGUGUUGUUGUGGAAGAGCGCGGGGAGAGACAGAAGUGUGUUGUUGUGGAGGAGCGCGGGGAGAGACAGAAGUGUGUUGUGGUGGAGGAGCGCGGGGAGAGACAGAAGUGUGUUGUGGUGGAGGAGCGCGGGGAGAGACAGAAGUGUGUUGUGGUGGAGGAGCGCGGGGAGAGACAGAAGUGUGUUGUGGUGGAGGAGCGCGGGGAGAGACAGAAGUGUGUUGUGGUGGAGGAGCGCGGCAUCAAAGCUGAGAAAGGGGAACCUGUGUUGUCCGCGGAGGAGAGAGCUGUGUCGGACGUGUUUACCCAACGCCGUGCUGGUGGGGUGGGUUCCUGCACUGGUGGGGUUUCUGUGAGCGCUGAUGGGGUGUGUGUCCGGCCUGUGCUGGUACAGGAGUUCCUCAAGGUCGACCCCGCCGUGGUGGAAGGCCGUGCGGAGAGGUCAUCGGCUUUACCUCCGCAAAGCUUGAUCGGGAUCGUUGCAAAGGGACCUUGGAAAACAUCCUCAGACUUCGGACUCAAAGCGUUUUCGGAUUCCGCAAGACGUAAGGUCACUCCAGUGACAGUGAACGGUGAUAAGCCAAAACUGGAAAGUGUAACCGACCGACAUAUUGGUGGAGACAGAGAGAAGUCUCCUCAGACGCUGAUAUUGCGUCCUGUUGACUGUGUGAAAGUUGAAGCUGUGCACCAUGUGCAUGUUGACCAGUCUCAUCUGCCUGUCUUCUGUAAUUCUCCAGAUGGCGAUGCCGCAGCAACAACCCAAGACCUCUCGCUACCUUUGACGAAGACCUCACCAAAACCUUCCUCUGGUUCUACGGACAUGAAUAUUCCUGUAUUUAUACAAGACUGUGUGGACACUAUGGACUGCAAACAGAGUGUGGUCAGUGUAGGAAGUGUUUCAAAAGCUACGACGUCGUGCAUGUUUACACCGCCUGCCCCAGUGCUCUCUCAGCAGGUUGGCAGCGGCUACCGCUUCCUGUUGGAAAUAAAUGAAGACGGCAUCAAGAAAACGUACCCCUUUCCUUUUGCGAAUGCCCCAAAGUUUGUGACUUCUUCGACGUUUUCCGAAUCCAGCAACACUAAGGCUGUGUCUAUUUGUUCUGUGAAAACAGCAGCAGUAGCAGCGGUCACAUCUCUGCCCGAUGUGUCGGAAACACCGUUGGAAAAAAAGUUUUCUGUACAAUCAAGUACGGCCAGAAUGCCAGACGAAGCUCUCUCGAUAAAACAGAAAAAUCUGUUGCCAUCUACGGAUAUCUUCGGUGAAUUCAGCAGCCCGGAGCCCCUAACAAGCCAAGAAAAAAUUAGUUCGUUUUCAAAAUUCGGGAACUAUGAGAAAAAUCCUUUCAGGACAUUUGUACCAAAAAGGAGCCCGUGGACAGCCGCGUCUCUCCGAACAGCGCAGUGUGAAGGAAAAGUGGAGAGGACUGGUCAAGAUGAGUCGGCGGACUGGGAACAUGGGAAGGUGUCAGGCAGCACACUAACAACUGCUCCUCUGCCCACCAAUCUAAAGGAGCAUCGGAAGGCCAAUGUGAGUGUUUUGAGCUUUGAUACCACCGCGAAGAAGAGGAGAGUAUCGGCCGAAGCCACACAUUCUGUCGUUCCGUCACAGCCCACAGCGGGAAAACGGACAAAACUGGUGUGUGAGAGCGAGAGACUGAAUAGUGCGGCUGCAAAGCUAAGAGCUGGUAAAAAGACCAAGUCUCGUAUUUAUAAACCAAGAUUUCACCAUCUUGAAAGAGCUGUCAGUAUAAUAAGUGAAUCUUUAGUACGGUAAUUAUUGAUAAUAAUAACCUAUAAUUUAGAAUAAUAUAUUAAUAUAAUCAUAUUGUUAUCUACUGGUACCUUUAUUUUGUCUCGAUUCCUUCUAUCUGUUCUACCUCUUGUAUUGAAAUUACUCACAUAUUCUCAUAUUGUCAAGUCUUGUAUGUAUUCAGUUUAUAUUGGAACAUAUCCAGAAAUAAGUACUGAUAGAUAAAUUACAUUUUAUUGAUCCUUGUGGGGAAUAUGGGUUACAUUGGCAAACAUACGUACGCGUAAACACAUACAUUCAAGGACACA